GAGGUCAGGCAGGAGACGGAGAAAAAGUCGAAUGAAAAAAUCUAGUUCUUGCCAAUGCCAUGAGAAUUUCGACAUGUGAAGAAGGGAGCAUCGGAUUCAUAUAAAAGAUCGGGAUGACCGUUGGAAGGUACUCAACUCUCAACGAAACAUCAACCGAUAAACAUGAAGCUGAUUCUUUCGUUAGUGAUUUGCCUUUUCGGCGCCGCUCUCAGCGCGUCCGCUCUUAAGGUGAAGCGAGACAUUCUCCCGGGUGACCCACGUUACGGAACGGAUUACCAUCACCAUCACCACGGCUCAUCAUCGGCACCAUCCAACGCAUACGGACCUCCAAACCACCAGGCUGGAGCCCCCAUCGGCGGUGGUCACCACGGUCAAUCCACACAGAGCAUCCAAGUGAGCGCUCCCUCAGCAACUUACCUGCCCGCGGCUCCCCAGCAGUACCACGCAGCUCCAUCUGCUCCAGCCCAGAAUCACUACCAUCAACCAGCUGCCCCAGCCCAGAAUCACUACCACCAGCAAGCGGCCCCUGUCCAGAGCUACCGCCAGCCUGCCCCAGCCCCUCAGGCUAGCCGCGCCUAUCUGGCCCCAGCACCCCAACGUCAGUCUCGCCCAGCACCCCAACGCCAGUCAGCCCCCGCACCUCAGCGUCAGGCUCCUCAACAGUCCAGGCAGUACCUAGCCCCAGUCCAGCAAUCCCGUCCAGCCCCAGUUCAGCAGAGGCAACCCGCUCCCCAGGCUUCACGACAAUACUUGGCUCCUGCCCCAGCCCCAGUCCAGAGUUACCGCCCAGCACCCGCUCCAGUCCAGACCUAUAGGCCAGCCCCAGCUCCAGUUCAGAGCUACCAACCAGCCCCAGCUCCAGUUCAGAGCUACCAGCCAGCUCCAGCUCCAGUCCAGAGCUACCAGCCAGCUCCUGCUCCCGUCCAGAGCUACCAGCCAGCCCCAGCUCCAGUUCAGAGCUACCAGCCAGCCCCAGCUCCGGUCCAGAGUUACCAGCCAGCUCCUGCUCCCGUCCAGAGCUACCAGCCAGCCCCUGCUCCAGUCCAAAGCUACCAGCCAGCUCCAGCUCCCGUCCAGAGCUACCAGCCAGCCCCAGCUCCAGUCCAGAGUUACCAGCCAGCUCCUGCUCCAGUCCAGAGCUACCAGCCAGCCCCAGCACCCGUACAAGUUGAGGCAGCCCCGGCACCAGCUUAUGAGCAGCCCCAGGCAUCCAGCCAGUCCGCAGAAUACGAGACCAUCAGCUUCAGUCAAUCGGCACCACAGGUGCAAGACUCAGGCUUCAAUAGCCAGUCAUCAAGCCAAGGAUCCUCUCAACUCAUUGGAUCCAACGGCGGAUACGUUUACUAAAAAGCCCAGGGACUUGUACUUCUUCGCAAAGCCUUUGUCCGCUGCAAGUUUUUUUCUCUAAGCUCAGAUGAAAUGGAUUCAAGUAGCACAAAUUCUUUUUCUCGUUAAAUCAUGGACAUGAAUUAAUGAGAGGAAAAUUGGAGAGUUGAGACCUCAGAACACCCCCGAGGAGUGCCUCUUAUCGUGUCACAUCACGUGCCAUCCACAAUUUGGCUACAACUGAAUCCAUGAAUAAUGCCAACCAUUUGUUAGAAAAAAACUUGUCAUUUUUGUACCUAAAUAAAAUUCUUUUCUUACAAAAA